GAGCAACUAGCAUAAAUUAAAUCUGAUCCUAAUCAUGGCAUUAACGUCCGUUAAAAUGGCCGCUGACGUCUAUUUGGUUUGCUUGCAACAUGCUUUAUCGACCGAGAAAGAAGAAGUCAUGGGACUUCUUAUUGGAGAGAUUGAUUCACACAAAGUGGCACACAUUUCAGCUGUUGCAAUGCUGAGGCGGUCAGAUAAACGGCGUGACAGAGUGGAAAUUUCUCCAGAACAAUUGUCAAAUGCAUCAAACCUUGCUGAAAAGUUGGCUGGCCAGUUAAACCAGCCAAUGAGAGUAAUUGGUUGGUACCACUCUCAUCCUCAUAUUACGGUGUGGCCAUCUCAUGUGGAUGUGCAAACACAAUCAAUGUACCAGGUCAUGGAUCCAGGUUUUGUUGGAGUAAUAAUUUCUGUUUUCAAUGAAGAUAAGUCAUCAAAGGAGCAGAAAAUUCAAAUCACAUGCUUCCAGUCUGUCACUCAAAAUCCACAUGGAGAUUCUCCACAAUUCAGACAGCUGGAAGUACCUCUACAUAUAGAGCCAACGGUGUCACUAUCUACACCAAAUAUUCAGUCAAUGGCGGUACUGCCAGAAAUUCUGUUUCAAGAAGAAAAGGAUAGCUAUGACAAAACAACAAAGAUUCCUCAUCUGAACUACAUUGCACAGUUGAACAACAGAGCAGUACUAACCCAUGCCCUCUGCCGGAUUACUGAGGCCGUAUCUGGACCAUUACUGACAGCUCUGGAAAAAAGGAUAACUGCCAAUGAGAAGCGGUGUCAAGAGCUACAGCGUGAAAAGGAGGCCCUACUGAAGUUAAGAUCAUCCAACCAAUAGAGACUGCUUUACCUGUGAUAUGUGGAAACUGUGUGCUUGUGUUGUUACAAGGGGAUGCAAUGUGGACAAAAUGAAUUUAACAUGUUGUGUAUACCCCCAAAUUACAAUAAAUGUCAGCUAAAAUCCUCUUCAGGGAAA